AUCCCCAUUGUUUAUUCGACUUUGUUCCUGAAGAAUCGCUUACUGAAUAUUCACUUUGAGUAAUUCACGACACGGAGUUCAGUAACACACAGAGACAUUGCCAGACUGUCAAUCUGGUAAUAUUGAAUAACCUGUUGACAUCCUCGUAAGGAAAGAAAUUCAUAUUUAUCAUUGCUGAAAUUUACCCACACAUCAAGAAAAGUUGACGGCCAACAUGAUAGCGAGACUUUUCGUUCAGAGUGUCCUAGUGUUGUCUACACUUCAAUGCGUAUCAUGCUUCGCUCCUCAUAUUUGGAUGAAAUCUGGCAAGGGAAGCACGGAAUCAGGAAGCAGAACAAUUGUGCCAGGCAGGACCAGGCAAGUUGUAAUUCAGAAGACAACCCCCACUUACCUCCAGACUCCUCCUCCUCUUCCCCCCCUCUCAGCAAGAUUGAUGGGUUUGGAGAAGGAGGAACUGGACAACCAGAAGAUGGCAUGGCAGCUUGACCCUGACUGCCCCGUCAGGAGGAAGGCAAGGUCGAAUCGUGCCAAGGCUGUUCGUUCAAGAAAGUCUCAGCUGAGGUCCAAGAAAGCUGCCAAGGACACGCACAAUACUGACGCUCUGUCCAUGGGUCUGCUGUAUGUGUCUUGGGCGCUCAGGGCAGGGGCAGCGGUUUCUAUGAUGACGGUGGGACUCCUGGCGCUGAGGGCAGCGGGGAUGAUGGCUCUGAGGUUUUUUGGGAUUUUCUCGGCGUCGUUGGUGUUUGGGAUCAUCGGGUUGAUAGGGUUAUUCAACUCAUUGCGCAAGGAUUCCAAUGUUGAAGUGAAGAAGGGGAAGGAUCAGCUGACGGACGUGGCUAACGACCAUCACCCUGGCUCCUUCUGCAUGUAAAUUUCUAUGUUUGAUGACGUUGUCACUUUUCCAUUCUUUCUCCUGUAGUUUAUCCAAUGAAAAGACUCUUGUG